AUGAACAAACUGCCCGGCAUUCUACACCAGUUCUCCAAGCUAUCAACUCCAUGUGUUCCCUGGAUAGCACGGCAAGCGUCACGGCCUCAAUCCCGCCCGCGAUGCCCACAACGCCCGCCAACUAUCCUCCACCCGCAACAGCGCCGCCAUGCGCAUAAUCCUGCCGACGAUCCCUCCUUCCACUCCAUCGUUGACAGCCCGCCCCAACUUAUAAAAUCCGGCCGUCGUCAUGGCCCCGGUCUCAUAAUCCUCGCCCUCAUACCCAUCACGGCCUUCGCCCUCGGGACAUGGCAAGUACAGCGCCUAUCCUGGAAAACCGACCUAAUCGCACGCUUCGAGGACCGCCUCGUGCGCCCGCCUCUCCCCCUGCCCCCCCGCAUCGACCCCGCCGCGAUCCACGACUUCGACUACCGCCGCGUCACCGCCCGCGGGAAAUUCAGACACGACCAGGAGAUGCUUGUCGGGCCCCGCCUGCACGACGGCAACAACGGCUACCUAGUCGUCACACCCCUGGAGCGCGAGGACGGGAGCAAGAUCCUCGUCAACAGGGGCUGGAUCGCCAAAUCCAUGCGCGAGAAAUCUGCACGGCGGGCCAAGGACCCGAAGGCGCUGCCGGAGGGCGAGGUCACGGUUGAAGGGCUGCUGAGGGAGCCGUGGAAGAAGAACAUGUUCACGCCGGAGAACCGGCCGGAUAAGGGCGAGUUCUACUUCCCGGAUGUGGAGGAGAUGGCAAGGCUGUCAGGCGCGGUGCCCGUAUGGGUUGAGGAGACGAUGAAGCCGGAUUUGGUGGAGGCGUAUGAUAGGGAGGCCAGAGGGGUGCCGAUUGGCAGGGCGGCGGAGGUCAAUUUGAGGAAUAACCAUACGCAGUAUAUCUUCACGUGGUAUGCGCUUUCCCUGGCAACUUCUAUCAUGCUCUGGAUGGUUAUCAAGAAACCAGUGUCAGGCAUUGCUCGCCGGGCUCGCCGGAGCCAGGAGUGGUAA